GUCGUCCGCGACGUUCUGUCCGCGAUACAAUUCGGCGUGAACUUAUCGUACUCUACGCUGGACCCCACCGGUUGCUGCGAGUCGAAUGCGCCCGUGUAAGAAAAACCACCCCCUCCCGAGAAAACCGGUGAUUAAUGAUAUAGACUCGUCGGACAGUGACAUUGUGCUCCGAAAAAUCGUUAGAUUUGAAAAAUUUACGAAUAUAUGACAGAUAAAUUUACGACAUCGUGACAUGAAACCAGUACUUGAAGAUUGAUGUAUCAAUGUAAUGAACGAAUCAUUUUAACCGGUGACUUAGAUUUUAAAUUCGCGAGAAGCAAGCGCGAAAAUUUUUAACCAAGGGUAGAUAUCAAGGGUAGAUUUUUAUUUCAUACUACUGACGAUUUGCAUAUAAAGCAGUACGACAGGAUUGUCUCGAAUCAUCUUCACGAAUAUUUUCCCGAUGUCUUUUGUGACUUAAAUGGUUCAGUAAUUAGUGACGAACAUCGUUGCAGCGGACUCUUACCGUACUGGAGCCGCGCCAAAAGAAAUCGCGUUGCACCAUCGUUUCAGGUUCCGCGGUCAUCACAUGGUCACCACAAUCCGGCCGUGACGUGCGGUUAAAUUUAGAGACUGCCGUCAGAGAAAAUUGACGGUUCCCGGAUUAAGCUAUCAACUGUGAUCGAUAAACGCUCGCGAAAGCCGUCAGGUGCGAACUCGUCUUGCCUCGAUCGUGGAAUGAUCAACGUGAUAUCGAUCGUGCGCGAGUGCUGCUACUCGACAAUCGAGCCGGCUCGAUGCGCGACUAAGGAAAUCGUGACCGGCGAGGCAUCAAGAGGUGAUCGAUCAAGGUGUUAUCGCGCGAAAGCCGCAGUCACGGGGCACAUGAUGAUGUAAGGUAUCUGCAAACGGUGCUGCGGAGACCGAAAUGACACGCGAUAGAAGGCUGCUGCUUCUGCUGGGCCUGCUGAUGGCCUACAGCCUCUUCGUGGCCGAAUGCCGAUUCCAUCAGCACGAUGACGCGGCGAUGACGACGACAGAGGCGAGACAUCGACACAGGCACAGGCACGAAUCCUUGAAUCGAAGGAAUCAUCACGAUCUCGACAGGAGAUCCUGGCAGAAAGUUGACUACGAAUACGAAGGAGACUCCGAGGAUCCGGUCGACGAAGACGAUUAUGAAGUGCAAUCGUACUACGAUCAUCCCAGAUCGCAUCAUCGAUCCGCGCAGAGGGGUUAUCACGGCCGAACGUUCGAGCCGCGUUAUCCGCCCAGAUACCACGAUGGCGGACAUCGCGGAAACUGGUACGACGAGGACAACGACAGGCAUAGAAUUCCGUCGCGAUAUAAUUCGAAGAAUUAUCGAUACAAGCCCGGCAGAACUUAUCAUAGACCCGCGUAUUCACGCAAUCGCGACGUGUCGGAUUUCGAAGAUGUUUCGGAGGAGGAUUAUAAUUACGAGAAGCCGCACAGAUACAUCGAAAGCGGCGAGGCCGAUAAGCAUCACGAGUGGUGGAGAAAUUCUAGGCGACACACAUCCCUCAGGAAAGACAAGAAUAGAAUGAACGGUUAUCGUGGCGCAAGGAGGCAUCGCCUGGAAGAUCGCGGAGGCGUCAUCGAUCGUUCCGAUGUGUCGAGAUGGACGGAUGGUUGGAAAGUAACAUCGAACAUCUCAGAGACUAAAUAUCAUUUAACGAAAGACGAUAAGAAGAUAGAAGAGGAUGAGGAUUACGAGGAUCACGGUGGACUCGAGGAAGACGACAAAGAUGAAGAAGAGGAUGAUAUUUGGAAAAAUAUCGAUGAUGAGGACAAUGAAGAUAACGAAGAAGAGGAAAUUGAUAAUGAUUUUUACGAGAGCAAGACCAAAUCAUCCUUGAAGACCUAUGAAGACAUCAUCAGGAGACUCACGUCCGACGAGCCGACCACUCCAAAGGCUACCGUCAAGAGGGAUUAUCGGAACAUCGAAUCGAAUAAGCAUGCAAAACGUGACGGCUAUAAAAAUUUCAACGAACCGAGAAAUGUCUCUAGACCGGUGAAUCUCCUCAGAUUCACAAACAGGCGGAUCGCGGAGAACUCGACCGUCAAAUCCGUUGGUUCGAUCGGACAUAAGUUCCCGAAGAACGCGACCGAUGUAACGGAUGGGGGCAAAAAUCGCCAGGAAAGAAAAAUCGCGGUCAGUACUAAAACCAAGAGUCUCGAGCAGGAUUACGACGAGUAUCUGAACGCCCCGGAUAACGAGAAAGACGACCUCGCCAAAGCUGGCGCCGAGGACGAUUCGGCCAUGCAAGCGGAUGUUACUAAUAAUGAUUACACGGACGAUGACAACGGCGACGAGGACGAGACCCUCGCCACGUCGACGACCACCACGACCACGACAACUACGACGACUACGACGACGACUACGCCGAAACCAUCGAUCAAUCAGCACUACGAUUACAGGGACCAGAGGGCCUACGAUAGCGGCACCGGGACUCAAUAUAACGGAUACCAAGCAAAAAACGACUAUCCACCGAUGUCUGCGCAUAGCAUUCACAAGUGGCAGUCGCUAGGCACUCGCGAGGGUGUCAAAGAAACCAGGAGUAAUAUGCAGCAAUACAACAAAAACGGUGCUGAAAUGAGAGAGGCCAUUCAGCACGCGAUGCAAGUCAACAGGGAAGGCAGCUGUCAGUGGCCACGUGCGCGAGUCAUUCCGGUACGUGACGUUUAUCCGAGUCCGUCAACCACCUACGUCCCACACUGCGCUAUAUUGCACAGGUGCUCGGACGACACCGGAUGUUGCAGAUCGGAAGCGCUCACCUGCGUGCCGAAGCACUCUCAUCGCGUCGAGCUUUUUUUCUACACUUGGAAAGUUUAG